AUGCCACCAAAUGGACCACAAAUGCCAAUGAAGCAGUUUGAUCAAGAUAUGUCACAGAAAAUGCAGAAUAUGAACUUGAAUGGUCCUCAAGGGAUACCCUCCUCACAGCUGCCACCUGGUCAAUAUUCGCCUGCAAAUUUUGCACCCGGUCAGUUGCCUCAGGGCAUGAGGCCGCCUGUUUCAAUGGCAAAUAGACCCCCUGUUAGUGGGGCUUCCCAAUUUCAACCUCAAAUGCAGCCGUCUUCUUCGACUCCCGGACCCACUUCGACAUCUCAAUCUCAAGGGUUUAGCCAGAUGCCUGGCCAGGAUCAAAACAGGCAGUACCAAGGGCCCCCAAAUUCUAUGUCUAUGUUACAAGGGCCACAGAAGCCUACCAUUUCUCAAUCCGGCCCCCCAACAGGACAGGGUCCUCCAAUGCAAAUGUCUCAGGUGCCUCCUCAUUCUCAACCCGUGCUUCCACUGCAACCCAGUAUGAUGCCAAGGCCACAGGGCCCAUCGGACCAAUCAAAACCACCUGGGCAGCAGCAAUCACUUAUGGGUGGGUUUCAAUCGGGUAUGCCAUUACAACCUAGUCAACCAGGUUUCCUACCCCAUCAGGGAUUACAACCUCCGUCAAGUCAACCCCCGUCAAGUCAACCCAGUGCAGGUGUUCCCUCGCAACAAAAUGCUCAGCAACAGCAAAUGCGUCAACCGAGUAUGCCUGCGCAGGGUCCUCAGCAACCGGGAACUGGUUUUCAGGGACAACCCCGCGGUCCAAUGUCUGGAAUGCCGCCUCCAUCUGGAACCGUACCCGGUCCAACAGGUCAGCCCCAGAUGGGUCCUGGACAAAUACCCCACUCUCAAGCUGGUCUUCCACCGCAACCCGGUAUGCCCCCUCAGCAAAUUCCUUCCUCUCAGUCCCAAUUUCCGUCCAUGCCUGGCCUACCACAUAUGCCACCGCCACUUUCGCAACAAAGGCAGCAACCAGGGUCAUUCCCAGCAGGACCCCCCGGAACUUAUGGCAUGCCUCCAAUGCCUGGGCAACAAUCAAUGCAAAGUCAGCAACAAAUGCCAGGACAACCGCCAAUGCCAGGUCAAUCACCAAUGCCAGGUCAACCACCAAUGCCAGGUCAACCACCAAUGCCAGGUCAACCACCAAUGCCAGGUCAACCACCAAUGCCAGGUCAACCACCAAUGCAAGGCCAGCUACAAAUGCCUGGCCAAAUGCCAAUGGCUGGUCAACAACCAAUGCCCGGCCAACCACCAAUGCAAGGCCAGCUACAAAUGCCAGGCCAACCACCAAUGCCGGGCCAAAUGCCAAUGCCUGGCCAACCACCAAUGCCUGGCCAACCACCAAUGCCUGGCCAACAACCAAUGCCAGGCCAGCCACCCAUGCCAGGACAACCUCAUGGAUACCAGCAACAACCUGGCUAUCCACCAUUCCCUGCACAGCAACCAAGUUAUCCUGGUCAACAAUUCCCCCAACCGCAACAGAGACGUCUUGACCCUGAUCAGAUGCCAAGUCCGAUCCAAGUGAUGGCGGACGAUCAGCAGAAUCGCGGUGGUGUUUUCGUCACCAACGAGAAGGGCCUGGUGCCACCGCUUGUCACUACAGACUUCAUUGUGGACGACAAGGGCAAUUCAAGUCCGCGAUAUAUCCGAAGUUCAAUGUACAGUGUGCCAGUAACCGCUGACCUACUUAAGCAGACAUCAAUGCCAUUCUGUUUAGUUAUUUCUCCUAUGGCUGAGACAGUGGGGCCAGAACAGGAGCCCCCUCUGCUGGACUUUGCUGCCCUGACGGGGUCUCCGACCAUGGGCCCGGUCCGCUGCAGCCGCUGCAAGGCCUACAUGUGCCCCAACAUGAAGUUCAUUGACGCCGGCAGGCAUUUCAAGUGUGCUUUCUGCAAGGCCACCACAGAAGUUCCGAUGGAAUACACACAGUAUAUAAACAGCAUGCAACAGUACGGCCGUGUCCCAGCUGAAAUGGCGCUUGGCACUUACGAAAUCGUUGCCACCAAGGAGUAUUGUAGGAACAACAAGCUGCCGAAUCCACCCGCAAUAGUGUUCGUCAUCGACGUCUCGUAUAAUGCUAUCAAGAAUGGCCUUGUGCAGACGGUGUGCGACAACAUAAUGGACUUUAUUGAGGCUAUGCCGAAAGACGAGCAGACCGGGCAGAGCUGGACGCGAGUGGGCUUCAUCACUUACAGUUCGACAGUGCAUUUCUACAAUAUCAAGGGCACCCUGGCCCAGCCGCAGAUGCUGUCGGUGGGCGACGUGGGCGACGUGUUCGUGCCGCUGCUCGAGGGGUUCCUGGCGCUGCCCGAGGAGAGCGGGCCCGUGCUGGCCGCUCUGCUGCAGCAGCUGCCGGCCAACUUCAAGGACAACAAGGAGACGGAGACGGUGCUGCUGCCCGCCGUGCAGGCUGGCCUAGAGGCGUUGAAAGCGGCUGACACGUCCGGCCAGCUGCUGGUGUUCCACACGACGCUGCCCACGUACAACGCGCCCGGCAAGCUCAUCAACCGCGAGGACAGGAAGCUGCUCGGAACGGACAAGGAGAGGCAGAUACUCAUGCCGCAGACGACCGCGUACAACGAGCUGGGGCAGGCGUGCUCCGGCGCGGGCGUGUGCGUGGACAUGUUCGUGUGCAACAACGCGUACGUGGACGCGGCCACCAUCGGCCAGCUGCCGAGGCUCACCGGCGGCCAGCUCUACAAGUACACCUACUUCAACGCGGAGACGGACGGCGCGCGGCUGGCGUGGGACGUGCGGCGCGCGGUGUCGCGCGGCGUGGCGCACGACGCGGUGAUGCGCGCGGAGACGGACGGCGCGCGGCUGGCGUGGGACGUGCGGCGCGCGGUGUCGCGCGGCGUGGCGCACGACGCGGUGAUGCGCGUGCGCACCUCGACGGGCGUGCGCGCCACCGACUUCUUCGGACACUUCUUCAUGUCCAACACCACGGACGUCGAGCUCGCCGCCAUAGAUUCCGACAAGGCCAUCGGCGUCGAGGUCAAGCACGACGACAAGCUGACCGGCGAGGACGGCGUCUACAUCCAGGCCGCGCUGCUCUACACGCGCCGCUGCGGCCAGCGGAGGCUGCGCGUCAUCAACCUGGCCCUCAACGUGGCCCACCAGCUCGCCGACGUGUACAGGAGCGCAGAGCUGGACACCAUGAUAGCAUUCUUCGCCAAGCAAGGGGUGUGGGCGCUGCGCGAGGCGCCGCCGCGGCAGGUGCGCGAGAUGCUCUCCGCGCGGUGCGCGCGCUCUCUGGCCGCGUACCGGCGCCACUGCGCCUCGCCCUCCUCCGCCGGCCAGCUGGUGCUGCCCGAGUCGAUGAAGCUGCUGCCGCUCUACACCAGCUGCCUGCUGCGCUCGGACGCGAUCGCCGGCGGGCCGGACGUGACGUGCGACGAGCGGUCGUGCGCGAUGUACCGCGCGCUGAGCGCCGACGUGGCGCAGUCGCUGGCCUACACGUACCCGCGGCUGCUGCCGCUGCUGCCGCUGCAGGCGGGCGAGGGCCCGCAGCCGCAGCCGCUGCGCGCCUCCAUCGACAAGAUGAGCGACCAGGGCGUCUACCUGCUGGAGAACGGCGUGCACAUCCUGAUCUGGGUGGGCUCGCUGGCGCCGGGCGAGUUCGUGCGCGACGUGUUCGGCGUGGCGUCGCCGCAGCAGGUGGACGCGCAGGUGUGCGAGCUGCCCGAGCUGGACACGCCGGCCGGCCGCGCCGUGCGGGCGCUCGUCGACCAGGUGCGCCUGAAGAGGCGCUGCGCGAUGCGGCUGCAAGUGCUGCACCAAUACGACAAGAGCGAGGCGCAGUUCCGUCGGCUGCUGGUGGAGGACAGUGGCCCGGAUGGCAGCGCUUCGUAUGUGGACAACCUCAUGGCGAUCCACAAACUCGUGCAGAAGAUGCUA